AACAACAAACCGUUUAACAAAAACAUCAACAAUAUUGCCUACGGUAACGACAGCUUCUACGUCGGGCGGAAGUGUGCAACCACCAAAUAGUGAACAAACGACAACAAAUGCCCGUAUCAAUGAACAACCGUCAUCGAAUUCGGCGAUUGUUACAAUCCCACCGGCGGAUACAACAAAUGACACGCGUGUGCUACACACAUCUAGUGGGACAUGGUUAUGUUGUGUCCCAUGUUAUUGGUUAAAUCAUAAUAAUAGUGUACAUAAAGCCUCAUUAACAAUAGCUACAUUAGUUGUGACAUCAUUAUUGGUAGCAUCACCUGUUUUAUUUCUUAUCAGCAGUGUGCCAGGUGGUGAAGUUAUAAGAGAUUGUUUUCCUCAGAUGCAAGAAAAAUGCACGUACGAUGUGGAUGGUAAGAGUCAUCCGGUUUGCGAUGGGGGAGCAUGUAAAGCAUUGGCCGCUCAAAUACUUUCGUCCAUGGAUAUGCGAAUAUCUCCAUGCCAAGAUUUUUACAAAUUCGCUUGUGGUAGUUCCUCAGCAAUGCCAGAUAAUCGUUUCACUGUAUAUUCAAUGCAAGCUAAUGUCAAUUUACAACUGCAAAGUUUAUUAUCAAGAAAUACUUCUGGUUACGCCUUCGAAAAAUUAGGUCUAUUUUAUAAUAGUUGUAUUACUACUAAUGAAAAAUCAACAUCACACCAAAAAUUAUAUACAAUAUUGGAUGAGCUUGGCGGCUAUUUACCACCAAGUACUGUGGGACCAUCAGAUUUAACACCAUUAUUAACAAGAUUGUAUGAAGUAAAUGGGACACCAUUGCUAGAUAUAUAUUUAGAUUACGAUCAAAAUGAUCGAUUAAGUUCGUCAAUUUAUAUCGAUGUACCCGAAUCAACGAUAUUUUCAUCAUCUGUGUUAUAUCCACAUUUAUUUCGAUAUAAUAGAUCACCCGAAAAUCGAUUGGUACAAAUAAAAAGUUUACUUGACGGAUUUCUUCCAAAGAAAAUGACGGACCAACAACGAACAUCCGAGUAUCAUAAUAUACUUUCAUUUAUUGCAUCGUUAGAUAAGUUGCAAGAUCAAAGAAAAUCGAUUCAUUGGGAUUCCACGCAGCAAUUUAAUUUAUCAAGAUUACAAAGUGAUUAUACGUUUAUACGGUGGGAACAAUUAUUUGAAGAUGUUCUUUCUAUAAAUAUAACAAAUAUCGAUGUACUAUAUGUUGUUUUCCCAAGCUAUCUAACAAAACUGGAGGAUUUGAUGGCCCGUUUUCAAAAACGAAUCAUACAUAAUGCAAUAUUAAUGAUGUAUGCACGUGAUGUCCUACAAAAUUUGGUAAACGCAUCGAAAUAUUAUCAACAACAUUUACCAGCAUUUUGUGUACAAUUAACAACACAAUUAUAUAAUGAAGCAAUCGGUGCAUUAUAUAUUAAUCAAUAUCCAAUGUUUUAUAUACGACAAUUAACAUAUAAAGUGAGCGGUUUAUUUAAUCGUUUAAAAGUUACAUUGGCAAAUCGUAUGAAAUUAUUAACUUGGAUGGAUGAUACAACCAGAAAAUUAGCAUUACAGAAAUUAUCAUUGUUACGUGAACAAUAUUUAAUAUGGCCUACAUUAUUUAAUUUAACGUAUAUUUCUGAUACAAUGAAAAAUAUUCAAAUUGAUCCAGAAAAUUUUUUUGAAAAUGCUAUCGAAGGAUUCCGACAAUUACAUAAAAUUAGAAGCAAAAAUAGAAGUGAUAAACUGCAAACACGAACAUAUGUAGUUAACGUUGCUUAUAAACCACAAGAAAAUAUUGUUUUAAUUCCCAUUGCAUUGUUAACACAAGCAUAUCUGCGUGACGAUGUACCAGAAUAUGUUGCACAUGCAUCAAUUGGAUCAAUAUUUAUGCAUUCAAUUUUACAUGGUUUCGAUUUGUAUGGUAUUAAUUUCGAUGGAAACGGUACAAAAACAUCAUGGUUUUCACAAGAAUCUCGGUUGGGAUUAGAAGCACGUAUCGAUUGUUUUGCUAGGCAAUAUGCUAAAUAUUUUUUGAAAAAUAAGAAUUCGAAAAGUGAUGAGUUUCAUCAGUUUGAUUGGAAUACAACACGAAAUGAAAAUAUGGCUGAUGUUGGUGGUUUACAAACGGCCUAUCAAACAUGGCGAAUUUUUCAACAAGACGUUUCGGAUAAAAGGGGAACACAAACGUUGUAUGGUAUUCCAUUGUUACCGAAACAAUUGUUUUUUGUAAUUGCUGCUCAAAUGAAUUGUAUUUAUCAACCGUCUGAGGUUAAAUUAUCAUCGUUAGAGAGAGUAACUGGUAUAAUGAUGAACUCACCAAGUUUUUCAGAAGCAUUUGAUUGUCCAUUAGGCUCACAAAUGAAUCCACCAAAAAAAUGUUCAACUUGGUAAUAAAAUUCAA